AUGGAAUCAGCUAACAAUGAUGUUACUAAAUUGGGAACUCAGGAAGAAAUUCAUUAUCAGAAAGUGAUUAAGAAGAAGAACCAUAAGUUUCCAAAAUCGGAGCAGCAAGGGAGCUUAUCAGAAUCAAAAGGUGGUCAUGUCAAGAUUGCAGCUAAGGGACCAAAGAAAAAGAAAUUGGUAUGUUACUGUUAUGGAGUAGAUGGUCAUUCCAAGCCAGAUUGUAAGUUUAAAACAUAUUCGUGUUCUAAUUGUUCUAAAAUUGGGCACCUUAAGAAAGUUAGUAAAAAUAAAACUGAACAUGUUAAUAAUGUAGAUUUAGUUGACCUUAACUUAAGUAAUUUAUAUAAUCUUGACUCAGACGGAAGUAACUCAGUUAAGCCUUUUUGUGUUAAAUUGGAUAUUAGUAAUAAAGUGAUAGAGAUUUUAGUUGAUACAGGAUCAGCUUUGUCGGUUAUAUCAAAAAAAGAUUUGGAGAGUUUUAAGUUGGGGGAGAUAGAGGAUCUUAAAAAAACUACUAUUGGGUUAAAAGCGUACAAUGGUUCAAUUAUUAUUCCAAUUGGAAUUUUGGAAUGUAGAGUGAAGUAUAAAAACUUAAAUAAGGUAUUAAAUUUGUAUGUAGUGAGAGAUGGUGGUCCGCCUAUAGUGGGUAGAGAUUGGUUAAAAGAAAUGAAGAUUUUAUCCAAAUGCAUAGAUUUUAAUUCAUUAACACUUCAAAGUGUUAUACAUAAGUAUUCCUCAGUUUUUAAAACAGAUUUAGGUUGUUACAAACAUAAGACAUUUGAUUUAAUUUUAAAAGAAAAUUCUAGACCAAUAUUUUGUAAGCCUAGAGUUUUACCUUUCUCUUUGAAAGACAGAGUGAGUAAAGAGCUAGACAGAUUAAUUGAAGCAGAUUUAUUGGUUCCAGUUGAAACCAGUGAUUGGGGUACACCUAUAGUACCAGUAGUCAAAGCAGACGGUGCUAUUAGACUUUGUGGGGACUAUAAGGUUACGUUAAACAAAUUUUUGGAAGUAGAUAGGUACCCAAUUCCUAGAAUAAAUGAUUUAAUGAAUUUGUUCCGUGGUGCAACUUUAUUUUGUACUCUUGACUUAUGUCAGGCAUACCAGCAAUUGUUACUUAGUAAGGAAAGUCAAAGGUUAACGACAAUCACUACUCAUAAGGGUUUAUAUAUGUUUAAAAGAUUGCCUUAUGGAAUAGCAUCAGCACCUGGUUUACUGCAAAGGGAAAUGGAUAAGCUUUUGAAUGGUAUACCUGGGACCGGUUGUUUUUAUGAUGACAUAGUUGUAUCUGGGAAAGACAAAAAUGAAUUGGAUGACAGAUUAUCGUUGGUUUUGGAAAAAUUGAAUGUUGCUGGUUUGUCGGUUAAGAAGGAGAAGUGUAAUUUUUUUAAGGACAGUGUUACAUUUUUGGGUUAUCGAAUUGACAAAGAGGGGUUACAUAUUCCUCGAGAGCGAGAAAGGGCCAUUACUGAGGCUCCACCACCAUGUAAUGUACAAGAAGUUAAAGCAUUCUUAGGUCUUGUUAACUAUUAUUCGAA